AUGGAUAUGCAAGAAUUGUACGAUCGACCCAGUAUGGUUGGGGAGAAGGAGAGAAGCCUGUCGUUUUCAAAAUUGAUCCCUAAAUCAUUCAGACGUAAUGCCAGCAGCUCGAAUGGUAGUACAAAUACCAGCACUUCUAGCGUUAACGACGGGGAGCAGAAUGCCACUGACGUUGGUGCCGUGGAGGGCGGGAAGAGCGAGACAGAGAAUUCCCAGAGACAGGAGAACUAUACGCGGGAGCCUUCCUAUGUUGUGGGACCAGCACAGGCUCAGAGCUCCAGGUUUUCGAGAUUAAAAAGUAUCUUUCAUGGGCCUAAUGGCGAGGAGGAGAGUAAGACAGGAAAUGGCUCGAACGCUGGUGGAUCGGAAUCUCAAGUUGAAAUAAGAAGCAUCAAAAAAUCGAAGUCAAGUGAUCUAGAGGAAGAAGUUAUUCAGUCACAUGGAGGGGAUUUGGACUCACCAAUAGAGGCCUCUGUGGAAGGUCUUGGACGCUUGCAUAUUAGCGAGCAUAAGACGCGAAGUGUAGGUUCUUCGCCUCUCGAUAUGGCGCCGGCAACAAGGAAACGGUCACCAUCGACCCCCAUAAUGCCCAGCCAUUUGGACACUGCGGAACCGAGAUCAAGAGGGAAGCAAGGGAACAGAGAACAUACUGGAAGCUUUAACACUAAUCCAUUUCGCCACGACCGAGAUCGAUCUGCUACGAUUCGGAGUAAUAAUCCGUAUUUUAUCUAUCAAGGCCUACCACCUCACGCGCUGUCAUCUCAAGAACUAGAUUACAGUUUUAUUUCAUCCUCGAGCAAGUUGGGCGAAUAUCUCGUGCCGACGACCCCGGGCACUGCGUCAACUGCUUCUACGGCACCUAUCGUAAAGGAUCAUAGAAACCUCAGUAACUUGUCGUUAAACAAGAUUAAAGAGAACGAAGAGGUAAACGAAUUUUACUCCAGCGAUGGAUUCGCGGAAAGAAGGGGAUCUAAGGCUGGAAACUUUCUGGAUCGCUUUGAAAGCCCGCUUUUGACCCCAGAAAACACUGAGCCCUUCCCUGCCAUAGUAGUUGGAUGCGAUAACGAUGGUGACGAGGACGGCGGGGAGUUUGCCCUCACUCAGUCUGCUCUCAGUUCGCCUAGCAACGGGAAUAAUUACCAACGAGAUAUGGGUGUGAAAGGGGAUUUAGGCCAGAUAAAACCGAUCCUUCGCAGAGCUGCCUCUGUGCCGGACGCACUGAAGGAGAACUCGCCAAAUAAAACACCCUUAAAGCAAAGGGACGGUUCAUCAUCCUCACCCUUUCCACCUGCUGGCCCACUUCCAGAAGUGGAAGAGCCAAAAAGAUCAAAGCGAUUAAGGAAUAAGUCCUUCAGCAAUAAAUUCCGGGACAUCACCGUCGGACCUCAAUCAUUCGAGAAAAUACGAUUGCUCGGCCAAGGCGAUGUCGGGAAGGUGUAUCUUGUGAAAGAGAAAAGAACUAACAGGCUUUAUGCACUCAAAAUUUUCAGCAAAGCGGAAAUGAUCAAGAGAAAGAAAAUUAAACGAAUACUUGCUGAGCAAGAGAUUUUGGCUACAAGCAAUCACCCUUUCAUUGUGACAUUGUACCACUCGUUCCAGUCCGAAGACUACUUGUAUCUUUGUAUGGAAUACUGCAUGGGAGGGGAGUUUUUCCGAGCGCUUCAAACCAGGAAGACUAAAUGCAUCAGUGAGGACGAUGCCCGUUUUUAUGCCAGUGAAGUGACAGCUGCAUUGGAAUACCUGCAUUUGAUGGGUUUCAUUUACAGGGACUUGAAACCUGAAAACAUUCUUCUGCAUAAAUCAGGACAUAUCAUGUUAUCGGAUUUCGACUUAUCUAUUCAGGCUAAGGAUGCGAAAGAUCCUGUGGUUAAGGGUACUGCUCAAUCAACGAUUUUGGAUACCAGGAUCUGCUCUGACGGCUUUAGAACUAAUUCAUUUGUUGGAACCGAGGAAUAUAUUGCGCCGGAAGUGAUAAGAGGCAAUGGCCAUACAGCAGCCGUUGAUUGGUGGACUCUAGGUAUUUUGACAUAUGAAAUGCUGUUUGGCUUUACCCCAUUCAAAGGAGAUAACACUAAUGAAACAUUUUGCAACAUUCUGAAAAGCGAAGUGACAUUUUCCAACAACAACGAAGUCUCGAGGGCUUGCAAAGACUUAAUUAAAAAGCUGUUAACGAAGAACGAGUCGAAGCGAUUGGGUUCCAGAAUGGGUGCAGCUGACAUCAAGCGUCAUCCUUUCUUUAAGAAAGUUCAGUGGUCGCUUUUAAGAAACCAGGAACCUCCAUUGAUUCCAGUUUUAACCGAGGAUGGAUAUGAUUUUACCAAGCUGUCCUCUAAUAAAAACAAGCAGAGUUCGAAAAAUGGUGUUCAUUCUUCAUUAGAGGAGCAGGAGCGCAUAAUGUUCGAAGAAAAUGUAGAAUAUGAUGACGAAGUGUCAGAUGAUGAUCCCUUCCAUGAUUUCAAUUCGAUGAGUCUAAUGAAGCAGGAUAAUAACUCCUUGAUAUACGGAAACAAUAACUCGUAUGGUAAGAUCUCAUAUGCUCCAAACUCAAACAGGUCGAGAAGUAAUAGUCAUAAGGGGUUUUUCAAGAGAUAG